AUGAGAUACAACGAGAAUAGAGAGUUGGGUGGGAUCUGUGGAUAUUGCAAAUCGAGACAUGAAGCCAGACAACGCAAAACAUCGUCCAGCGAGCUCGUUGUCCCAGGAUGCGAACACGCCUACGGCAUAAUCUCCAAGCCACCUCAACUUCAAUUUCUACAUGAACGCCCUCGGAAUCGUCUUCGGAAGCGGAUAUCGAAGUCCCCUUCCGCUCGACCCCUUGUAACUCUAUACGUUCUCGAAUACGAAUCAUAUCCAUACAACACUCGGCCCAGCGAAUUCCUGGGCGUCUAUUCGACCAUCGAUUCCGUAACAGCCGGAGCCUUUCGACAUGGCGCGCACUCAUUCUCCAGAGAAGGACUGAUUGAUGGGAGCCAGUACCUGAGCCUAACAGGUCGGCUCAGAAUUGUCCCAACAAGAAUGCAGCAAGAUAGGGUAGCCGCGGCUAUGCCUGAUGAAGCUCAAAGUCUGACUGGCGAAGUUGUCAGACCAGACAUACCACAUCCCGAAUACCAAAGCUUCGUAAGACCAUGGAACGAUGCUGAAGAGAAGAUGUAUCUGGCGAUUCAUCAGGAACCUCAGGCAGCGUUUUGCAUCGGCUUGUUCACUAAGAAGAGUACGGCAUGGGAUGCAUGUCUAGAAAGCGAGGCCUCGUAUGCCUUAUCAAACACGUUACACGAUGAGACUAGGCAGCUCGAUUCAGAUGGUUUACCAAGUGUGACAGCUCGACUGACUGGAGGUAGCCAUCGCUCAUGGUUCGUUGCAUCAUACACGCUCAACGCAUAA